AUGAGCAACUCUGCCGAUGCCUUGGCGCUCAUUGGUGCCCAUGGCGUCCGCACUCCCGAGGACCCGCCGAUGGCGGCCCAGGCAGCGCUCAAGCUCUUGAAGGAAGGCAACGAGCGAUUUGCCGUGGGUGCGCCCAUUGCUGGCAAGAUCGAUGCGAAGAUGAGGAAAGCUUUGGCGACUGUCGGUCAGGCGCCACACACGGCCAUCCUCGGAUGUGCAGACUCUCGGGUGCCGCUCGAGUUGGUUUUCGAUGGUCUUCCUGGAGAUUUGUUCGUGCUCCGCAACGCCGGCAACACGUGCGUUCACUCCGAGGGCAGCGUGAUGGGAUCGUUGGAGUUUUGCACUGGUGCUCUUGGCACGAAGCUCAUUCUCGUGUUGGGCCACACCAAGUGCGGUGCCAUUAACGGUGCCACGAAGGACUACAUGGCCAACAAGGGCAAGUCCAGGGACGAGGCCCCCAAUGCUCUGGGUGCACUCCUCCAGGGGCUGAACGACGUGGCCAAAAAGGCGGAAGCGGAGUUGGGUGGCUCUCCGAAGGAGGAGGAAAUCGCCGUGCAUGCUGUGAAAGUCAAUGUCUUCAACUCUAUGGACUUCCUGGUGAAGAACAGCCCCGCUCUCAAGAGCAAGGUUGAGUCCGGCGAGGUCGCGAUCGAAGGAGGCAUCUACGACCUGGACAGCGGCCGCGUGCGAUGGCUGGGAAAGAGCCCCAAUGCUAGGCGAAAGCGCAGAAGCAACUAA